ACUUUUUUUAUUCUCCCAAUCCCUUCGCCCCUUCGCCCCUUCGCCCCUUCGUCCUCCUUGUCUCUGAUAUCAUGCGAAACGCCCCUAGUUGAAUAUGCACCAGGUUUGACUGAAGGCGUCCCAUAAUUUUCUACCCCGCGAUUCCAUCGUCAGAUCUGGACCCCUCGACUUCGAAUUUGCCGUCCAGUGCUCGAUCGAGAGACGUGCCUCGUGCCCGUGCCCCUGCCCGCGCACGCGCCGUGAAGCCGACGCUGCCCUCACUCACCUCCCAUCAUUUCAUAGAAACCCUCGCUGCCACCCACCGACUGGGGGGGAGGGGGGGAGCCAAUCCCAGCGAUAAUGUCCACGUCCUCCGGUACACCCGAGUCGUGGGUGUCUUCCUUCUGCUCCCUGUUGGGCCAUGAAUAUUUCGCAGAGGUGUCGGAAGAGUUCAUCGAGGAUGACUUCAACCUUACUGGCCUACAAUCACAGGUUGCCAUGUACAAGGAGGCUCUUGAGAUGAUUCUUGACGUGGAACCCGAAGACGACGAGGAGGACGAGGAGGAAGAAGAAGAAGAGGAAGAAGAGAACGAGUCGGGCGAUCCGGAGCGAAUGACCGCGCGACAAGAGCGGCGUCAUACCCGCAUGGCGAGCGACCUCAGCGUCAUCGAAUCAUCGGCCGAGAUGCUGUACGGCCUCAUCCACCAGCGCUUCAUCUGCUCAAGAGCCGGCAUCCAACAAAUGUGCGAGAAGUACGAGCUGGGCCACUUCGGCUUCUGCCCGCGGACCAACUGCGACCAGGCCAAGACGCUGCCCGUGGGCCUGUCCGACAUCCCCGGCGAGGACACGGUCAAGCUCUUCUGCCCGUCCUGCCUCGACGUCUACGUGCCGCCGAACAGCAGGUUCCAGACCGUCGACGGCGCCUUCUUCGGCCGCACCUUCGGCGCGCUCUUCCUCCUGACCUUCCCGGAAUACGACCUCACAAAACGUGGGGCCAGCGAGAUGCUCCGCGGCAGCAGCGGCGGCGGUGGCGGCGGCGACGGCGACGGCGCCCGCGUCCACGAGUCGCAGUACGAGACCGUCAACGGCAUGUACGCCCGGAACAUCGCCCCCGGCCUCGGCGUCGGCCGCCUCUACGAGCCCAAGAUCUACGGCUUCCGCGUCUCGGAGAUCUCGCGCUCGGGCCCCAGGAUGCAGUGGCUCCGCGACCGGCCCGACGACAUGACCGAGCUGGACGAAGCGCGGCUCUACGCCGAGCUGCAUCCCGAUUCCGACGAGGACCACAACAUGAAUCCGAACAGCAACACCAGCGGCAGCAGCCGCCGCCUGGUCCGGCGGCGCCCGCCCGGUAAUGCGCGCCUCCACCGGAACCAGGCGGCGCGGAACGGGAGCCCGAUGAACGUGGAGGCGAACGGUGGCGCGGAAUCGGAGCUCUAGACGGUGUCGUCGUUACAGAUGAGAGGAACAUAUCAUAUACACCAAACGAUGUGGUUUAUUGGCGGGAGAAGGGGG